AUGCGAUCCGAGGCCAUCUCCGCCAUCCUCCUGCCCCUUCUCCUCUCCCUUCCCGCCGCAGCAGCCGCCGCCAAACCGCCCAAGAACGCCAUCCUCCUCUCCCAUGUCAAGACGCUGACGCUCCGCGGCGACGGCGCCCAGACGACGCACCGCCGCCUCCCCGCCGUGCCCCAGCUCAAGUGCCUCUCGGCCCCGAAGCUCUGCGCCCUGCACCCGAUCGACGUCCUGCGCUGCACGAACCAGGGGUCCGGCUACGACACGGAGGACAUCCAGUGGUCCUGCGCCGCCAGCCUGCCCGUCGACCUCAAGCUCGGCAGCACCGACGUCCUGUGCGAGGGCUACAGCUCAGCCGACGACCCCUACGUCCUCAAGGGGAGCUGCGGCGUCGAGUACCGCGUCGUCCUGACCGACGAGGGCGAGAGGCGCCACCCUGACCUCGCGGGCGGGAACGGCGGAUGGGGCGGCGGAGCGGGGGGGCGUCGGCGCUGCCGGGGUUUCUGUUCAUGGUGCUCUUCGUUGGCGGUCUUUGCCUGGAUCGUCUACUCGCGAGGACUGGCUUUGGCGGCGGAGGCUACGGCACCAACGACGGUUACGGUUGGGGCGCUGGCCCCUCGAGGACUUCUUCAGGGUCCAGCUCAUCGGCGAGACAUGAGAGCACUGGCUUCGGGUCCACAAAUAGGAGAUAAAGCUGCUUGCUUCCCACGUCGUGAAGACUGGUCAACUGGCAUAACCAUCCUAGAUAGCUUUCGCAUAUGGCAACACUGGUUGGUAUUGCUCGAUUCUACGUCUAGUCGGAACAAUGUUCCUACAACGAUGCGCGUCUUGCUAACAGCGACGCUGCCACAAUGCAUCCGCUCUCUCGCCGGACCUAUGCGUAGGCCGCCUCGAGAGCACAUCCGCGGAUACAUAUGA